CCUCCGCGUAGGGUCCGAUCACGUGGGCGUUCCGUCACUGCUGCGCAGUUCUGUGAUGGAUUUAGACCGUGUUCUGCCAGCGGGCAGGUUCCUCUGAGCAUCAUCCUUUAUUCCAGCGUUUUACCUGUUCUCACCGGCGAGCGGGCAGGCGUGUUCCGACAGGCGGGUGACUACCCCAGAAACGUGUCCGUGCUGUCACCGAGCGCCUACUAACCACGCCCAUUUCUCACACGUAUAGGAGCUCCGCCUUCAGCCGCGCUGGUCCCGCCCCUUAGAGCUCACGCUGGAUCCCGGGGUCUAUACACCAUGGACCUGCAGCUGCUGGAGCACCGGGUGCGGGUAACCAGCAUUGACAAGUCCGGCCUCUGGUUCUACACUCACCCGAUCGUCAAGUUAUUGUUCCUGCGGCAUCGGACGAGAUGCAAGUUUUUCAGUUUGACAGAAACUCCAGAAGAUUACACCUUGAUGCUGGAUGAGGAAGGUUUUGCAGAUCUGUAUUUGGCAGAGUUACCGCAGUCCGAUUUUCUACAUGUGGCAGAGAAUACUUGGAGAGUCCUGAAUGUGCUGUCCAAUGGAAUCCAGACUGGAGGUGUUACAAAGAUUGCCAAGUCUGUCAUUGCUCCUCUGGCAGAGCACAAUGUCUCUGUUCUGAUGCUUUCCACGUACCAGACCGACUACAUUUUGGUGCGAGAGGAUGAUUUGCCUAUAGUUUUCCAAACUCUUGUGGGAGAACUUACAAUUUACAAAGAAGAAAAUGGAGAGUUGGUCCGCUUGAGUCUUGGGGAGGCCACCAAUGGCUUGAAAACCAGGAGCUUGUUUCAUUUGACACUACAUCCGGUGCAAAGUCCUGCAAACAGGUUUUGUAUUCUGACGUUGGAUCGUGACAACCUGCAAUCUAUUUCUACCAUUCUGUUAGAUGUUCUGUUCUACUCCCAGACGUCACAUGAGGAUUCUGCCUCACAGAGCUGUGAAUCAUUUCGUUUUUUUGCCUUUUCCUUGAUAGAUGGAUAUAUAUCUAUUGUUAUGGAUACAGAGACGCAGAAAAAGUUCCCCACUGACUUACUUCUAACAAGUUCAUCUAGGGAACUAUGGUGCAUGGUGAGAAUUGGUGGGCAACCACUAGGCUUUGAUGAGUGUGGAAUAGUGGCACAGAUAGCAGGGCCUCUGGCUACAGCAGAUAUAUCUGCUUAUUAUGUUAGUACCUUUAAUUUUGACCAUGCAUUGGUACCAGAAGAAGACAUUGACAGUGUGAUAAAGUUAUUACAUGAGCGGGAGGAAAAUAAAAGCUAGAUUAUAGUCUCUAUCUGGCUGCAGCUGAAAGAGACUGGCAUGAGAAGUAAACCUGUGUUCUGCACUCACCACUUCUGGUCUCAAGCAAGAAUAAGGACAAUGAAGAGAACGUUUUGUCUCCGUGGUGCUACAGCAGUCUAUUCAGUGCCAAUAAACUGAGGGCUUUAUGAAGCAAUACAAUAAUUGUUUAUUUUGAAGAACAUUUCUUCUAAAUAUGAUCAGAUAUUUUCCCGCUGUUAUAUUUGACUAAAAGCACAUGUUGUUGAGUUUUUGAAAAGAUUGCUUGGGUUUAUGUAUUGAUCUCUUGUCCCAAAUGGGACUCCUUUUUAUUUCAAGGAAUCUGUUUGGUUUAUAUGGUUUGUAUAAAACCUUAACAGGAAAUUCAUGUUUAUAUUACAGCCAAGAAGCUAAAGGGUGUCCGAUACACAUUCAUCCUGGAAAAUUUGUUUUACUGUGGUAUUAACAGAAAAAUGCUUGCUGCAGGUUCCCUUUUUAAGGCCUUAAAGAGGUUAUCUGCCUUACUAAAUUCAUAGUUUGAAGGAGCAACAUUGUUCUUGCAGAUGCCUGUAGCCUCUUCAAAGAUUACGUCUUCUCAUCCUUGCAAUAUCCAUACUAUUUGUAGCAGCAGGGUGAGUGUCUGCAGCUUUGUCCAGCAUUGCUACAGUACUUGCUAUGCUGCUAACAGUGUAGAGAUUGAAAGGACUAGAAGAAUUAAACAUUGAAGAGGAUGGUAAGUGUUGUGUUUUAUGCAUAGCACAUAUAGUUGAUUUUCUACCCUGUACACUCCAGUCUAGCAUAAUGUUCAGGAUUACCGUUGAGCGAAGUUACAGUACUUCGAUUCUGCACGAACCUCGCGGCUCAGCAUUUGCUGACUUUAGCCUGCAUAAAUUAGUACAGCUUUCAGGUGCUCCGGUGUGCUGGAAAAAGUGGAUACAGUACUAGGAGAGAGUACUAGGAGAGAGUCUCCAGCCCACCGGAGCACCUGAAAGCUGAACUAAUUUAUGCAGGCUAAAGUCAGCAACCGAUUCUUUACGACCCUCAUGGCUCGCAGAAGUACUGUAACUUUGCUCAUCUCUAUUCAGGGUAUCCAUCCUAUUGUGAGCUCACUUGUAUGGUCAGCAGAUGUUUGUUUUGUUUUAAUAUAAAUAGCAUUCGUGCUGCACUUUCAAUUCUUAAUAGAUAUAAUAUAUGUAUACCUCAUAUACAUGUGUAAGCUUCAUCACUGCUGUGUGUGGGGUCAUUUGUAAUGAGUGCCUUAUUUCAUUAAAGGGGUACUCCGCCCCUAGACCUCUUAUCCCCUAUCCUGGGUGCUUUCGUUUCCCAGGUGGACCGGUGCCGAAUCUCAUUCACUUGAAUGAGCCAACCGGAGUCGGUUGGCUCAUUUUUGCCCCGUAUCCGGUUGUGUGACCGGACUUAAAACAUUGGUAUACUAUGGUUUUAAUUCCGGUCACAAAACCGGAUACAGGGUAAAAUUGAGCCAACAGAAAUCACUAUCUGACUCCGGUCGGCUCAUUUAAGUGAAUGAGAUUCGGCGCCGGUCCGGCUGGGAUGUGGGAACGCCCGGUUUUGAAAUUUCCCGGCUGGAUAUGGCAUCUGUUGGGACAAAAGAUGAUGUGAAUGCAGCCUUACUGUAAUACACAAUCUCUGUAACCUUGACACUUGUUUCUUUUUAAUUUUAAGGUUAUAAAAGUGCCUAAUAACACUAAGAUAAUAUGAAGUAAGGGCUAUUUAAUGGCUAUAAAUGAGAUGUUUG